UACCCAAGCAAGGAAAAAGGAUGGAUGUCUUUAAGAAAGGUUUCUCCAUUGCUAAGGAAGGUGUUGUGGCUGCUGCGGAAAAGACCAAGCAGGGAGUGACGGAGGCUGCAGAGAAGACCAAAGAGGGUGUGAUGUAUGUAGGUGCCAAAACCAAGGAGGGCGUAGUGCAUAGUGUGACUUCAGUUGCUGAGAAGACCAAAGAGCAGGCCAACGUUGUGGGAGAAGCGGUAGUAGCCAGCGUGAACACAGUGGCAAACAAGACUGUAGAAGGAGCAGAGACCAUUGUGGCCACUACAGGAGUUGUAAAAAAGGAGGAUCUGGCGCAGCCGGAGCAGCCGGGGGCGGCGGGAGAAGCGGUGCCGGACGCGGAGGGCGGCGGAGAGGGUGAAAAUGAAGGCAAUUAG